UCAUCAAACGGUUCAGGUUAAAACGAUAUUUCCUUUAUUCAAUCUUCAUCAUGGAAGAACUGAGACCGUCAGAACUUGGUACUUUGGAGUUUUGGGAUAAAAGGUAUAAGGAGGAAAACAAUUCAUUCCAGACUCAUGGAGAUCCUGGAGAAAUAUGGUUCGGUGAAGAAAGUGCGGAAAGAGUAAUAAAUUGGAUGUUGAGAAAUGAAAUUCAAAAAGAUUCCAAUAUACUCGAUCUUGGUUGUGGAAAUGGUAUGUUUUUGAUAGAAUUGGCUAGAGAAGGAUUUACUAAUUUAUUUGGGGUAGAUUAUUCCCAAGGAGCAAUCGAUUUAGCGAGAGCUAUUGCCCAUAAGCAAGAUUUCACAUUUAUAAAUUAUUCUGUGAAAAAUAUUCUUGAAGGUCUGGAUCAAAACUUUGAUAUAAUAAAUGAUAAGGGUACCUAUGAUGCUAUCAGUUUGAGUGAGAAUUCAAAACAAAAUAGGGAACUAUACUUGAAAAGUGUCUUUGACAGCCUAAGUGAUGAUGGUUACUUCAUUAUUACAUCUUGUAAUUGGACUGAAAGUGAAUUAGAUGAACAAGUUUCAAAUAAAUUUGUUUGUCAUAAGCUUAUUCCAACACCUCAGUUCAAAUUUGGGGGAAAUGUAGGUAGUCUAGUCACCACCAUAGUUUAUAAGAAAAAACUAAAAUAAAAUAAUUAUUCUCUUCUGAAA